CCGACGCUAGGAGCUGUCCGCGGUGCUGAAUGCGCGGCGGCGGCGGCGCUGCCCUGAAGAGGAGGCUCCCAGCACAGAGCUCAGAGAGGGGCAGCGACGGCAGCAGCAACAGCUCCACAGUCUCCAGCCUCCAGCCAGAGGAGUCAGCGCAGUCAGCGCAGUCAGCCAGUCAGUCAGUCAGUCAGCCAGCCAGUCAGUCAGUCAGUCUGUACGCAAACUAAAAGCCCCUUGUCUCUGUGAAUGAGUAGAUCGAGGCGGCUGAAGUCAGCGAGAGGAGCGCUCGGUGUGUGUGAGGACGGUGCUCGGCGGAGCUCUCAGUGCUUCAGUCCGCCACAGGAAAAGUGAGGAUCCCAAGGACGUUCACUGUACUAACAGCUAGAGAAGCGUAAACCGGGGAAAACGUGAUGAACGCGGUCAGAGAUUAUUUUCUUCUCCUUGUUCUGGCGGCGGCGGUGACGGAAACGGGCGCUAAAGCCUCCGCCUCUGGGGAUGCUCUAUCCAUCACCCCGGGGGGCCCUCCGGAGAACGGGGCCGGCUUGUUCUCCACCACCCAGGACACAGUGCGGAGGCUGCCCGUGGUCACCACGGCCCCGCCUCUCAACGUCCCGAACCACCACCCUAUCUACAGAACCCCCCCCCAACGCCAGGCCUCGCUCGGCCCCCAUGGUCAGCCCAACUACUUUGAAGACAGCGGAGGAUCCAGCCCUCCCCCCUCCUUCUCCCACUCUCUGGACCGCGCUGAUAAAAGGGCUUCGGAUGAGAACGCUGGCGGCUCUAACACGCAUGUAACCCUCAUCACGCACCCCCCAGCGGCCACUUCUCACUCCAUCACCCCCGUCCCAGCCACCAGGGCGGUUUCAAAAGACCCAGAACAUGCUCCCAUCAUCCCCUCUGCUGCUGCUGUGAGGGAGAGAGACGCAGCGAGGCCGGAUCAGCCUGGACUGAGGCGGAGCGUGAGGCCAGGAGGUGACGAAGAGGAGACCACCACCACCACCAUCACCACCACCACCAUCAUCACCACCAUGCAGAGUCCAGUUCCCUGCCAGCUGAACCUGACCGGACCUGAGGGAUACAUCGAGGCUCCGCCACAGUCCAGCUCCGCCUUCCACUCCACUGUGGACUGCAGCUACAUCAUCACGGUCUAUAUGGGCUACGGAGUGGAGGUCCAGGUGAUGAAUGUGAAUCUAUCUGAGGGCGACAAGGUGGUGUUUGAAGAUGUGGGCCACGGGGAGAACACCAUGCUGGCCAACGAGUCCAUCCUGAUGAGGGGGCUGGUGGUACGAAGCCACAGCAACCAGAUCUCCAUCCGCUUCCACAGCCCGAGGUCUCAGGCUGGAUCGGUCCUGCUCAGAUACCAAUUCUUCGUGCUCAGCUGCGUCUUCCCCCGGCGGCCUCUUUACGGUGAUGUGUCAGUGACCAGUCUUCACUCUGGAGGGGAGGCGUUCUUCUCCUGUCUGAGCGGCUACCAGCUGCAGGGCCCCGCUGUGCUGACCUGCCGCAAUGCUAGCACCCCCUACUGGAGUGGCAAGGAACCGCACUGCCUAGCUGCCUGCGGUGGUUUGAUCAGGAACGUCACAGUCGGUCGGAUCAUCUCUCCUGGUUUUCCCAGCAACUACAGCAACAACCUGACCUGCCACUGGCUGCUGGAGGCCCCCGAGGGCCAGAGACUUCACAUCCACUUUGAGAAGGUGGCGCUGGCUGAGGACGAUGAUCGGCUGCUGAUCAAGAACGGUAACAGCAUAGACGCAGCUGCCCUGUAUGACUCAUACGAGGUGGAGUAUCUGCCUAAUGAGGGUUUACUCAGCUCGUCCAGGCACCUCUUCAUUGAGCUGACGACAGAUGCUACAGGCACGUCCACUGGCGUUGCCAUCAGGUACCAAGCCUUUGCAGCCGGCCACUGCUACGAGCCCUUCGUGAAGUAUGGUAACCUGACAGCUAGCGACAACACAUGGGCAGUGGGAGCCGUGGUGGAGUUCGCCUGCGACCCCGGCUAUACUCUGGAGCAGGGAUCGGUCACCAUCGAAUGCAUGGAUCCCAACAAUCCGCAGUGGAAUGAGACGGAGCCGGCCUGCAGAGCUGUGUGCAGUGGUGAGAUCACAGAUUCAGCCGGAGUGGUGCUCUCUCCCAACUGGCCCGAAGCCUACGAUAAAGGCCAGGACUGCAUCUGGGGAAUCCAUGUGGAGGAAGAUAAGAGGAUCAUGUUGGACAUUCAAGUGUUGAACAUCGGCAAGAACGACCUGGUGACCUUUUACGACGGGGACGACCUGAACGCCAAAGUGUUGGGUCAGUACGGAGGGUCGAAGCCCCGCUUCAAGCUCUACACCUCCACUGCCGACGUCACCAUCCAGUUCCAGUCCGACCCCGCCACAAACGUCUAUGGCUACAACAACGGCUUCAUUAUCCGCUUCUUUGAGGUAGCUCGUAACGACACCUGCCCCGAGCUUCCAGAGAUCUCUAAUGGAUGGAAGAGUACGUCCCACCCCGAGCUGGUUCAGGGCACCGUGGUGACCUACCAGUGUUACCCGGGUUACCAGGUGGUGGGUGCAGAGCUGCUCAUGUGCCAGUGGGACCUCACCUGGAGCGGUGACCUACCGAGCUGUGAAAGAGUCGUGUCUUGUGCCGACCCAGGGAAGGUGGAUCACAGCAGGCGGGUUCUGUCGGGUCCCCAUUUCACCGUGGGCUCAACCAUCCAAUACGUCUGCAACAAAGGCUUCACUCUGUCCGGAAACAGCCUGCUCACCUGCUUCAACCGAGGAUCCUCGGGCCCCAAGUGGAACCAGAAGCUGCCGAGAUGCCUCCCUGACACCUUUGAGCCCUGCAGUCACCCAGGAACCCCCAACUAUGGGAUCCCCAGCUCCAACCAGCUCCACUUCCAGCCAGGAGACACCCUCCACUACUCCUGCAUGACUGGCCACCAGCUGCUGGGGGAGCCUGUUCUCCACUGUGUCCCAGGACACCCAUCCCAGUGGAGUGGGCUGCCACCUGUCUGCAAAGCCCACCCUGCAGGGAACGACGAGCACAGAUUGGAUGUGGCGACUGCAGACACCAGACUGGAGGGGGCCCAAGUGGCAUUUGCUGUCUUCAUCCCUGUCAUCCUCCUCCUCAUCCUCAUGAUUGGGAUCUACCUCUACUUCUCAAAGGUUCAGAGGAAGUCACUACAGCUCUCCCUGUCCUCCAGCUUACCAUAUGAAAACAUCUCCGGAGACUCUACAUUUGACAGCUCCAUUUAUGAGACAACGGAAACAAGAGAAUAUGAGGUUUCGAUCUGAAGACGUCGGUGUGCGUGUUUCAGUAUGGACAGAUAAGACGCCCGCUGGCCUUUUCAACGUCCGCCAGACUCACGCCUUUGGUGACUCCUUUGACGCCUCCACCCUGUUCUCUGUACACUGAAUAUGAGCCUCCCUUUAUUUACCCAACAGAGGACACCUCACCACCCCUGGAAAGGCUGGGCCACUGGAUUAUUUUUCUAGCUCUUCAACAGUAAAAGUCCAGCAGCAGCAGUUUGUACAGUUUUUAAUCCCGUGCUUGCAUCCUGAGGACUUUCAGCGCAAAGUAUCGUCUCAGAGAGCAGAAGGAAUCAAUGCGAAGCUAGUGCCAUUAAGUGCAUAUAACCACAGAUGUUACGUUGUGUUAUGUACAUUAUACACUAAAUGUCUUCUGCCAUCAUUUAAAGAACAGUGCUUAUGAAUUUAAGGUAUGUCUAAUUAAGAGUAAGAUCUUAUGAUUACAUGUCACAGAAAAACAACAGCAUUUGCUUUUAUCAGAGGUUACCUAAAAAUAUAAGGAAUCAGAAUGUGCCUUAAAUAAAAGGCCAUUGAGGGAAAAAGUUUUCUUUCUGAGAGUGAAAUGAGAAGAUUAUUAUCAUUCUCGUGUGUGUGUUAAAUAGAGAGCUUGAGUCCCGAGUUCCAAUAUUGUGUAGCUCCAUGCAAAUGAGAACAAAAUUAGAUGCCUCGUAGUUUUUUCCCGAAAAUAUGACAAAGAAAAAGUAGUUCAGUGGUGGAACAGGAAGUUUAUCCUCUACCUGAUGAAGCAGAGAGAAGAAGAUCAUUGUAGUUUCUGGGAUUCCUGUAUUCCUAAAUCCAGUGGGUCUUCACCAUUAGAGGUGUUGGUAGACACUUUGAACAGAGCUAGGCUAGCUGUUUCCCCCUGCUAAGCUAGGCUAACCUUGUCCUGACACCAGCGGCCGGUUUCACAAUGAUAGACUUCAACUAUGUCUUAGAUAUAACAAAUAGUCAGACUUCAGAUACACUUCUAAUUUAAUCUUUGGCACAAAGCAGUUUAGUUCUACCUUAAGCCGGACUGUGGUAAGAUGAAUUCUGGGUAAAUUGAGUAAGUAAAAAAAAAACUCCAGCAGAGAAUGUUUGUCUUUAAGAAAAGUUCAACAGCUACAAGGACAUUGUACUUGUCCCUUCUCAUUGCUCUCUCCAUAACAAUGUCCCUGUUUUUUGUUGUUAGGGGAUACUGCUCAGCACAGGUGUCAUUGAUUAUUACCAUGGUAACACGUCUUGGGCCUGAGUUUGCCAAGGGCUAAGGUGUCUAAUUUUUUUGGCUUGAAAUUAGUCUUUGUUUUUGUGAAACGGUCUUACUUGCAUUAGACUGAUACAUGAGCAAAAUUGGAAAACUGGACCAACACUAUAGACCAGCCUGAAAUAUCUUUGUGAAACCGGCCCUUCACACACAGUCAUCCCAUUUCACCCUCAGAAAGAAAACAGAAGAGCAUAUUUCCCAGAAUGUUGGAACAUUUCUUUAAACAAUAGUGUCAACCUGUAAGUUAAGAUUAUAUAUCAUAUUAUCAAUACAUUUUUGCCCCAUAAGCAACAUCCAACUCUAUGGGGAUCGUUAAGGUUUCACUGAUUUCAUGCGUUCAUACUGUAUGUAACAUGCAGCGUUAAAGAUAAAGACAUUUUGAUUUCUACUUGGUGUAUCACCAUAUCAUUUUGAGUGACAUCCCAUCCAUUAAACUUUCUGUGAAGCGAAAGGAAACUGCACACCGAGGUAAGCUGUUGUCCAUGUUGCCAUUGCCUGUCUGGAGAUUACGUCUAAAUUUAGACCAUUACUGUCGUUCAAACAUACAGUAUAUAUUGUCCUAUGAGAAUACAGUAUGUAUCCAUGCAAGCUGGUGUGAUGACAAUGAUAAUAAUUAACCUAUUUUUGAUUCAAUGUACAUAAAGUACUGAUGAAGCAACUUCACAAACAUCUUCAAUAAAACAUAUUGUUCAGAAAAAAAUG